AUGUCCACUCAAAAUGGAAUUUUGGGCAUUCUAACCUCCCAAAAACUGUGGACGGCACCUAGCAAGGAACAAUAUCUGCCAGCAUAUUUCAAGGAAAUAUGUGAUGAAUACCUUUUGUCAGAGGAUAAACAUAGAGUUUAUCCUGUUGAGGUUAGUGGUUCUUAUAUACAUUGGAAGUGAAUACCAGUAUGGAGCUGGCCUAUAGUUAAUUAAUUGGAAUGAUUUGUUUAAUAAAGCUUUUAUCACAGCUUUAAUGAACCAUUUAAACAUCCAAAAUGACAUUUUAAUGUUGUCUGAAUUAGUUUGAUUCCAGUAACAGAAACGAUCUUUUUAAUACUGUCAGGCAAAACUUUUGUAUACACGAUUCAGUUGCUCUUCAAUUGUGUUUUUUUUAAUAGUGUCUUGGUCUUCAAAGAAAUUCCAGACCUGCCACAUGUGUGAUUGGCUCAGAUUUUCACGUUCAAAUUGUGGACGGAAAAGCGAAACGUAUACUUCCAAGUGAAUCGCCAUACAGUGUAAUUGAAAACAUCCCAUUUGUCAGACAAUUGGAUUUUGAAGGUGAUUCAGUGUAUAGUGUAUAUAAUUGCAGGUUAAUUGUAUGUUAGAGUGGUGGAAAUGUCUGAAACAGUGGUCGAGAGAUAACCGUUAAAGUAGUUAGUAUAAGAUUCUUUGGCUUUUGCAUAACGAUUAAUGGUUAAUAGAAAAAGGAUUACAUAACACUAACUGUGAUUAUUGUUUAGGCGACCUUGAUGGUGGGAAAAGCCUUAUUGAAUUGAUUGAAUUGAUGGAACAUUAUAUGAAAGAUAAUUUUUUGGCAACAUUGCUUGUUUUGGGUGGACUUGGGAUUGGUGUCCAUUAUGACCAAUUAAAUAAAAAAUCAGAUCGUGGUGUACCGCUCAUAAUGGCAUACGGACAGCCGGUAUCAGGGAAAUCAACCACUAUGUCAAUUGCAAUGUCCAUUCUUGGUCAUAAAACAAGCAUUGGCGGUAUGUACAGGGCAGUUUUGCAAUGAAAGCAAUGUACUUUAUUCAUAUAAGCAUAUUAUACCUGCAUGCAUGGAUUUAAGAAAUUGCGAAGCUUGUCAGUUUAUCAGAUUUAAUUUGUUAUUAAUGUAAUAAGAUAUCCGUGAAUGGUUUUUGGCGGAACAGGAGGAAUUAGAAUUGGUAGUUUUAUCUUAUAUUCGACCAAAUGUGUACCACGCUACUAAUAGUAAUAUACAUUUCAAACCAUGAAUUCCUAGUUUGUUUCAAGUAUAAAUACCUGUGAAUGCCAUAUGAUAAAUUUUUUAUUAACCUCGCUUGCUCGGUAUGUACACAGAAAUAUUGGACCUCGGUCUUCUUGUACAAACAUCGCCCUAUAUGCCUACGGGCUCGGUCUGUACCAAAAAGAACAGUCGGUCCGACAUUUCUCCAUACAAACCUCACGUUCGAUUAAUUAUAAGAAAUUAAUGUGUUUUUGUAAUUUCUCUAGAAUUAACGUCAGCUGGCGCCUUGAAGUUGACCAAAGGUCAAACCCUUCCGUUUUGGUGGGACGAUGCGUCAGAUUUCUCUGUUCUAGAAGAAUUGGCAGUUUCUUCAUACAACAACGUAAGAAUAAUUUUAAUGAAUAUUUUUCUAUAUAUAUGGAUCAUGAAUGUACUUUGAUCUCCUCACAGCUCAUCAUCGAUACCAACAUCUGAAUGACAAAACUCACAAUUUUACCGCUUUUAGGCCAACCCCAGUAAUUACUGUAUUGUAAACAUACCAUAAAGUGAUAAAGUUCAAAGUAUUUAAUAAUAAAGUAUCCAGUCACAGAGCUUUAUUUUUUCAAUUUUUUUAUUUGAAAUUUGUAAGUGCGUUAACAGUUAAAUGUACUGCCAGUCUGUUUCCAACAAUGUAUAUAGCUUCCACGGAAUUAAUCAUUUCAAACCGCAAGCAACACGGCACAUGGUCGUACGGAUGUUCUGAUGAUCACUUCUUCUUUUUCAUUAAUGUCUAAUGGAUAUCUCAAUAAAAUGUUAUAUAAUAAUAAAGUGUUAUAUUCCUCACUGAGCUAUAUUAGGCAAAUAAAUUUAUCAAUAUAAAAUCCAGAUAAUAUGCCACUACACAUAAAUGCAUGCAGGUUCUCCAUUUACAGUAAUUUAAUUAUACUAUAUGUAUAUAAUACAUAUAGUACUAAGUUUUGCAUGUAUAUUCACUAGCACAUAAUCAGUAUUAUGUAUACGUUUUGUAGUCCAUCAAGCAAACAGCCUACAGCAAACCUGCAACGAGUUCAAGAACCAAUGCUCUAAUAACAAUGAAUCCCAACUCUAUUCCCAAAAAAAUCAGAGGUGAUAAGCAAAUGAUAAGGUAAAAAUGCAUGCAUUUUAUUAUAUAAAGAAUAGUGCUUUAUAGAGAUUUCGAGCACUGAUAAAAGUGAUGAUGAUGAUAACAAUAUUUAAUCAGGGACGUCCAACUCAGCAUAGCUGGUUUAAGUGGAGCCCUGGCAAAAAUAGAAUUACAAAACACACAGCUACAUACUAACAUAUAUAAAAUUACAACAAUUUAACAUACUGUAUACUAAUAACUAUAUUAUGUAGAUUCCAUAUAAUAUAGACUAAAUACUUUCUUGGACUAAAUACAUUCGGUCCUUAGAUACUUCUUUACAUCUAUUUUAAAUUUAGAAAACCUGGUUUGAUUUCUCAAUAUUAAUGGCAACCUAUUCAAUAUUUUUGCCCCGUUAUAUCGAAAAGAAUUUUGAUAUUUUGUGGUCUUAGCUAGAGGUAGGCGUAGGAGGAGGAAGUGAUAAUCUCACAUGUGAGAUUAUUCAUGAUAAUCGCACAUAUGAAAAUUAUCGCUUUUCAAUUAUUGCUUUUCUGUAAAAAUUAUCGCUUUUCAAAGACUGUCCUUUAUAUAAUAAACAGAAAAAUACACGGAUGCUUGGAAAUACCAGAUUUAUUUCUCGUGUUGAACAUGAUAUCUCACUUGCUCGUUGCGCUCACUCGUGAGAUAUCGAUCAUGUUCAACACUCGAAAUAAAUCUGGUAUUUCCGCGCACCCAUGUAUUAUUCUUUAUAUAUCUUUUUGGUAAAAUCAUCUAGCAACUCAAUAACACGUUCCUUUCAUAAAAUUAGAGUGUUUUCACAGAUUGCAGUAAUCCCAUUCAAGGAAAUUAAUGAGGAACAAAACCUGGAAACAUGUAUGUUCCUGGAUGAGAAAUUAAAAACUAUAACAACACAUUUGGCAAAGAGCGUUGGUGUUUUUUUGGAGCUUGCUCCACAGUUUGAUGUGAUGCACCAGGAUCAAAUGUUUAUACAGAUAUUGUCAGAAGUGAAAAAGAACAAAUUGGACGUUCGUGCCCAGUUCAAUUAUUCCUUGUUGCUCUAUUCAACAGGAAAGGUAUAGCCACAAUAUUCAAUCAAGGCAACUUGUAGACUUUUAAAGCGUGCCAAAACGUUAAAUCAUUCGCAUCCGAUCUUUUAUGAUAUAGAAUCACCUUCGGCUUGAGUUUGCAUAUCUGAUAAAGAUCGCCGGAUCGGCUGCAAAUGUGUUAACUAUAGAGUAUAGUACACAUUAUCCUAAAAGUACAACGUAUUUCAGAUCAUUUUUUAUUGAACCACAUAGCUAUAAGCACGUAAUUAUUUUUCUAUAUUUCUUCUAAUUAGAUGCUAGAAAAGGUGGGUUUGAAAGACCGUUUUUCCCUGGACUGCUGGAGUUUUUCUGUAAUGUAGUUACGCAGCAGUACAAAAACAUUACACUAACUGACACACAGCCUUCAAGUUCAAGAAUAGCUGAAACACCAACGUUAACAAACGACAUGACGGCAAUUUUAAUUGCUAUAGUCACAAGCGCUACCAAAAAUCCAAUUGAGGUAAGUUACAUGAUAGACUCCACUCUCUAGGCUAUAGCUCAGACAAGGUUUAUGGGGGGGGGGGAUGUUGACUCUGAAACAAUUAUGACUAAUUCAAUGUAAUGAAAAUAUCAAUUUGAUAUGCCAUACGGCUAGUUUUUCUAAUUUUAGCAUUGUCUAUAAUUCCUUAAUUAUUUAAAACGUCGAUUACUCAUUCAAUAUAUUGCAUGGGUUAUCUUAAUAUUGACUGUCGGUUACUUUGUAUCAAUCUCGAACCCUUUAAUUAAAACCUAUCAAGCAGAUUAAACAGUAACGAGAGAGUAAAGUGAAUGAAAUUUGAACAUAGGGUUGGAGAACGCAUCAAGAAGUCACAUUCGGACAUCUCGUCUGGGAUGUAACGGAGUGCGCAUAAAUGUUGGUGAAGGGCAGCCGAAAGGAUCACACAUCCAAAGAAACAAAUUGCCCGAAGCUAUAAUACAAAACUUGGACAAGGGUUAGUUAAACAUUCAAAGUAGGUAGAUCGAAUCACAGUCUCUAUAAUUUUCCGUGUCCAUAUUACACAUACGGUAUUUCGUUUCCAAAUGUAUUAUUAUACCUAACGUUGAACAUACCAUGAAAACAAUGUGUGCAAACGUUCUUUGCUGAUCGUUUAAACAAAUAUUAUAUAAACAUUCCCUCAUUCCUUGUUCUCUAAUCUCGUGUUAAGAAAAUGUUGAUAAUUUCUACAUUAAUAAGUCAUGUUAAUGUAUCAUGUUAUGUUGUUUUCAGUAUUUCCCGAUGCAAAAAAAUUAGCAGAAAUAAAUCAAAAACAGAAAUCUUCAGGUAUAAAUUAUUUUUGUAUUAUUUUUGGUACAGUACGCAUUUAUUGAUGCGGUACGCAUUUAUUGUUCGUAUAGUGUAAACAGGCAGACGUCAUUACUCAUUGGUAUAGAGUAUAUUAUGUAAUAUAAAACAUUUUCCCGGUUGAUAUUUAAUUUAGCAAUUAUGCGCCGAAGACGUGGUGAUUAUAUAGGGGAAUAUUCACCGAGACGAAAAAAAGUCUUGUUGCCACAAGUCUUUUGUGUUUUUUGGGACUGAUUUUAUUUUAAUUUCGCUUAUUUCUUUAUUAGUAACUUCCACAAAAUGCCUAGCCACUGCAGACAAGAAGCUCCCUGAAGUGCUAAAUGAUCACACUGGUAAAUGAAUUGCCUUUAUGUUAAUUUACUUCUUAUAUCUGCAGUUGUAAACGACUUCUUUUAACAAUCAGCGGAUGCUAUAUAUUGCUAUAUAAAUAUAUGUUUAUACAUUUUUAGCCACUGCCACUGGCACUGCAGACAAGAAGCUCCCUGAAGUGCUAAAUGAUCACACUGGUAAAUGAAUUGCCUUUAUAUUAAUUUACUUCUUAUAUCUGCAGUUGUAAACGACUUCUUUUAACAAUCAGCAGACGCUAUAUUCUAUAAAUAUAUAUGUUUAUACAUUUUUAGCCACUGUAAACAAGAAGCUCCCUGAAGUGCUAAAUGGUCACACUGGCAAAUGAAUUGCCUUUAUUUAUUUACUUCUUAUAGUUGCAGUUGUAAACGACUUCUUUUAACAAUCAGCGGACGAUAUAUUUUUAAAAAUAUAUAGGCUAUGUUUAUACAUUUUUACCCACUGUAGGCAAGAAGCUCCCUAAAGUGCUAAAUGAUCACACUGGUAAAUGAAUUGCCUUUAUUAAUUUAUUUCUUAUAUAGUGGGACCCUAAUAUAUGUUUAUAAAUCUUUAGACACUGGAGACAAGGAUCAACAUGAAAUGUCAGAGAAUGACGAUGGUAAAUUGCCUUUUUUAUAAUAUAUUUGUCCCUUUAAUCUUUAUAUAUAUUAACCUGAUUUACUUCUUAUGUUUGGAGCCGUAGACGUGACGUCUUAUUCAGCAACCUUAGAUAAGAUCAGACGUCUUAUUCAGCAACCCCUUCCUGAAGUGGGUUUGCCCAAAACAAACCUCUCAUUAUUGUUUCACACCACUCAACUAUUAAUCUUUCAUGAUAUAUAUUAAGAUUUACAGUAUAGCAAGUUUAAAAAACCCAUCAUUUUAACACUUCUCAUGAGGAAUCACCCCUAGGUAAACCUUGGGGUUCUACACAAGAAUGAACAAUAUGAAGAGGACAUGGUUGAUAUUGUUUCAUUCUUGCAUAAGUAUGUUCCUGGGCAUGACGAGGCCUCAUCAGAAAGGAAGCCGAGGAAAGGUUUGGAGUGGAGGGACUACCUAACCUUUCAAAGGCACACAGAAGCUCAAUCGGCCAUGCAAGACGCAGACUUCUGCAAGAUUUGA